UAGUAAGGAGUUAAGAUAUGUUUAUAUUUAUUUAUCUUUGCGCAUAGACUGACAUUGACAACGUGUCUUUGUUUUUUUACUAAUUGUAAACGUGAGUGACGAAAGCUCUAUAAAUAAAAGAAGUGGAGGAAUAAACUACAUAUCUGCGUUCAACAAACUAAUUAGUAAACCAAGGGAACUUCUUCAAUUUAAAUAAAAUGACACCGGAGCCACAAAUUAUUGGUCAUCAUAUUAAAUUUGCCAAUACGUUAAUUGGGACAUUUAAAAAGGCGUGCUGGCAUAUUCCUGAAAUUGUUGGUGCUACAGCUUUAGCAUUAGUCGGAAUAGGAAUGGCAGGGAUUGGAUUAUAUAAUUACGAUAAAAAUGAUGGUGAUAAUCGAGAAUAUAAAUGGGUGUACACAGUUGUACGCUCUACUGAUCCUCGAGCAUGUAAAUUGAAAAAUCCUGUUUACACACAAUAUUAAAACCAUGUGAAUACUUCAGUAAUAUAUUGAGGGGAAAAAACAUUUAUUUUUUGUCCAUAAUUUGUUUUAUUGACGAUGAAAAAACUAGUGUUUCUUUGUGCUUAUUUAGAUGUAAUUUUUCUGAUAAGCAAUUACCUACUAUUUAUUAAUUAGCUUGAUUUAUAUGGAAAUAAAUGUUUUUACUGUUAAUUAUUAUAUAACCUGAUGAAUUGUUCU